AUGGUUCCGGACGUCUUUUUCCGAUACUUCGUCGCGACCUUCUCGCUGCAAAUGCUGUUUGAGCUCUGGCAGCUCGUCAAGCAGCAGCUCGUCAAGCUCUGGCUUCAAACGUCCGCCAAAGGCCGCCGCAGCCUCAAGCUGCGCACGGCGCUCGCCAAGGCCAAGACGCUCGCGGAGCGCCAGACGAUCGGGUCGGAGCUCGAUGUCAUCGAGGGCCACGACAAGUGGCGCAAGGACCCGUCCGCCGGGCUCUUCCACUACGAACGCGUCCAAAAGAAGAUUGCCAUGUACCGCCGCCUCAUCGCCGAGAAAGACGUGCUUGGCAUCAUGUUUUCGCUCCGCGCGGGCCUCUUGCGCAAGCACUGGGGCCUCGGGAACCCCGCGUUGUACGACGUGAGCUACAUCGGGACCAAGCACCUCGUCGACGAGUACUUGGACACGAUCCUCGAGUCGAUGGACCUCGUUUUGCGGGCCAAGGGCACCGAGUCGACGCUCGGGUCUGCCGAUGACGUGAGCAAGCAAGAGCUGAGCAUUGACAACAAGCUUGCGUUCUUCAGCGAGACGCGCCAUGCGUUCGGGCGAUCGGCGCUCAUGCUCAGCGGCGGCGGUGGCCUUGGCUUGUACCACUCGGGCAUCAUCAAGACGCUCGUCGACGAAGACAUUCUGCCGACCGUCAUCUCGGGCGCGUCCGCAGGCUCGAUUGUUGCGGGCUGUGUCGGCGUGCGCACGGACGACGAGCUCCAAGACCUGUUUACGACCGAAGCACUCAGCCUCCGCUUCUUCGGCACCAACGUCACGGCCAGCGACAUUGCGCAGUACACGCCGUCGUGGCUCGCGGCGCUCGAGGACGUGCUACCCAACCAGGCCUUCCGCAAUGUGCAAGAAGCCUAUGUCGUCGCGGCGCGCUUUCUUGACAAGGGCUACAUCCUCGACAACGCGAUCUUGAAGGAGUGCCUCCAAACCAACAUGGGCGACUUUACUUUCCGCGAAGCGUACGACCGAACUGGCCGCAUCAUCAACAUUACAGUCACGCCGUCCCAGUCCACGGACUACCCGCAGCUACUCAACUACCUUACGGCGCCCAACGUGCUCAUUUGGUCGGCGUCCCUCGCGUCCUGCGCGAUUCCGCUCGUGUUUGCACCCGUAGAGCUGCUCGGAAAAGACCAA